UGUUUAAACUUCGAAUUCUCAAGUGUCUCCACAGGAUUCCUACUACAUCCCCAUACCCCCGCCUCCGAUAUAACCCAUUUCACAAGAUGUCAAGAUUUCCCCCUCCCCAUCUCCGUCUUUCCCAAUCUAAAACCUCCCCUCACCCCAACAAUCUAACUUCGCAAACCACAUACUGACCCACCACAUUUUCGAGCUUAUACAUUGAGAUAUUUGAAAUUUUAAAAAGGAGCAUUUUCGUAGCACGAUCUCGGGUCACACCGCAUGUGGGGCAAUACUUGGGGUGGUAACAGGAUAAAUCAAUCCUUGCGAACGAAGGUGGUGAGAUUCAACUUACUUUUAUCACGAUCGCUAUCUAUAAGGAAAAGAAAAAGAACGCUUCUUCAGAAAUUAUUUCCAGCUAAUGGAUUCACAAGACGAAGCCGGAGUGCGAAAAGAUAAUGAUACUAUUGAAAACAGUAUUGAUCCGCUAGUCGAGGACUCUGCAACACAUGUUUGUAGAUGUGGCAACCCAGGUCAUACCAACUUGUUGCAAUGGAUAGAGAAACCAGAAAUACCCACUUAUUGGGGUCUGCUCGAAAGUGACUCGUUGGACAUGGAACAAAUUGACCGGGAGGUUAAAAAGGCCCAAGAGACCAUCCUAGUCGUUGAUGAAUAUUGUUCGAGUUGUCGAAAGUUUUUGGAAGCCCUACCAGAUAUCCUUAUUAAUCAACCGCCUACAAAAUAUAAUUCGAUUAACCGCCCUCAUUUCCAGAACAUGGCUGAGUUUGGAGCUGCGCUGAGAGAGAAGUGUCGCCUGUGUAGACUUUUGGACCAAGCUCAUACAGCGAAGUCUCCAUUUAAGGCUAGGAAUAUAAAUGUUUAUGAUUUUCAUAAGAUUGAAAACAGAUUUAGAUGCCUGGGCAAACCUACGACUAUCUGUAUGACGAUAAAAAGUGUCACAUAUGAUGAUGGGAUUUGGAUAUCGUUGAAUAGCCCUGGUGAAUUCAAGGGUGGUCACAAUCUUUUAGGGCAUCUGAGUAUAACCCACUCCAAAUUUUCAGUAUUGAAAUCAACUCCAGCCCCAGAAAGUGACCGCAUCAGCGCGCAGCUUCAAAUUGCUAAUCAAUGGCUCGCUGAGUGCUUGACGUCUCACGUUCACUGCUGCCAAAAUCCAACAGAGUUUCUCCCUUCCAGGCUUAUCUAUGUCGAUGGAAAAGUCGCACGACUUGUCAUUACCUCAACCUUGGGCCACCGACCAAAAUACGCUACCCUGAGUCACUGCUGGGGCGCAAUUCCGCAUCUAAUGCUCAAGACAACAUCGAUAGAUUCGAUGAUGAUAAAGAUACCGGAAGACGACCUUACAAAAACCUUUCAAGAUGCCAUUAGGAUAUCGCGCGCUCUGGGCAUAGAAUAUAUCUGGAUAGACUCGCUUUGUAUCAUACAAGACUCUUCGUCGGAUUGGCAAGCCGAGGCCGUUCUGAUGCAAUCAGUCUAUUCCAAAUCGGAAAUCAAUAUUGCAGCUACCGGGGCAGCUGAUGGUCGUCAAGGUUGUUUUCUUCAACCACAGGACUACAUUGCGAAAGUCCAUGUAAGAAAUUUGAACCCCCUAAGUGAAAAAUCAUGGGAUAUCUCGAAUCUGUCAGAUUGGUUAAAUUAUAUGCCAUUGACACGAAGAGCAUGGGCACUACAAGAAAGGCUAUUGUCGACUCGAACGCUCCAUUUCAGCGAAGGGGAAAUGGUCUGGGAAUGUAAGACAGGAGGUGCAAGAGAGAACUUCCCUCAGAUUGUAGAGCAGAAACAAGAAAAGACUUCGCUUGCUCAUAUAUGGGAUGAUAUUGUGAGAAAGUACACAAUUGCAAAUCUCACGAAUAAAAGAGAUAAACUGAUUGCAAUAGGAGGCAUUGCGAGAGCUGUGCAAUUGGAAAGUGGGGAUCGGUACUUGGCUGGUCUCUGGGAGAAAGACAUUGAAGUGCAGUUGCUGUGGCGGAAAGGCGAAAAAUCAGCUAAAUCUGAUUUUUAUCGAGCACCUAGUUGGUCGUGGGCUUCAAUAGACGGAAGAGUUGAUUCAGGCCCCCGCGGUUUGAGGGUCUAUGGAGGCCGUAUAGAUGUCCACGUUAUAUCUGCUUUUGUAACCCCACUAGUGGAAGAAAGUCCUUUUGGAGAAGUGCGAGCCGGAAAUCUCAGAAUAUCUUGCAAAGCCCUCCUCUCCGGGAAUAUCCACAAGGUCGUCAAUUCGCCUUAUAGUCUCUUCCCCAACCGCAAUCGGUCUUUCAACUUGUCAAACGGCAAAGAAAUACUCUCCAAAUACGAAGUCUAUUUAGAUUCCGAAAUUGAUGAAAAAAAGGUAGUCUUGGUUCUAGUUCACGAUUCCGGUCCAGCAAGUGAAAAUCAGGAACAUGAUGGCACGUCACUGACAGGGUUGGUGCUCCAACGUAGCGGCGUUAGAAAGGGCGAGUUUUUGAGAGUUGGAUUGUGGUCGGUACGCGAUUACCGAGGGUGGAGCCGAGUGGGGACAGGUGAAUAUAUGCGUGAUGGGACACGAGAGACAUACGAUAAUCGUAUCAAUAAUCUCUUUGAGUUGUUUGAAACGAAUGAAACAGAGACUGCUAUAUCUGAUUAUGCUGAAAUUUUAACGGAACCAAAGUAUCCAAACGAGCGUUAUAUUAUUGAUAUAGUAUAGCGUGGUAGCUAUCGUUGAGUAAUUUUAUGCGGCAAACUACUCUCAUACCCCCCAAAUGUUAUUUAAUUACUCUUAUACCUUAGAAUUCACACUUGUUUUACUCUCA